AUGCUUAUUGCUGUGGAGGAAGGAUAUGGAGAACCUUUGGCUUGGCAUGGUUCAGGAAGUAAAAAAUUAGGAUUGUGUUGGAUACCAGAGGUGAUCAAUAAUAGUGGCUUAAAAGGCUCAAGCAACGUUAAAGGAAGCAUAAAGGUUGAUACUAAAAAAGGUGAGAAACUCGAGUUUGAUCGCCAAAAUAAAGGCAUUAAAAUAACUGGCUCAGAAUAUAUCAUAACUUGGAAAGAUAAGGGAACUAAAGAAGGUAUCGAAGCGGUGGAUAAAGGAAGGAUGCUUAUAGUUCCAAAUAGGGAAGAGUGGAAAAGUGACAAGCCAUUUGCUUUGCUAACAUUGAGAAUUAAAGAUAAAGUUGGAUUGGAUGAUAAAGAAAAAUUGGUAGAUAAGAUUACUGACAAAGAGAUUAAAAAUGUCAGCACGCAAGAGUAUGAAAAAUUAAAAAAUAUUCUCCAAAGACAAAUUAACAAGUCGAUUAGUAGGGAUGAUUUAAUUGGUGUCCAUCACCGCGUAGAUUUAUUGGCUUUGAUAAUCAAGAAAUGUCUCAAGAAUAUCAAGCCCAAAUAG